UGAACAAAAAUCAAUCAAAUCAUCAAAAUUCCAAAAAAAUAUCCGUCUUUCUCUCACACCCAUCUGUUUUUUCUAUAUCUGUUUUAAGCCUGCAGAGUUUUUUAUUUCAAUUUUGUAUGUUCAAAUUCUUCAGAAUAGGUUCAUAAAGCCGUGGUUCAGAUCCCAAUAAGGGUUAUCUUUCACAUCAGUAACAAGAAAUUUUUCUGCUCUAUUUUACUCUAAUCUUCAUUUAUUUUCUCUUUAAAAACAAUUUUCAUGCACACCCCAGUGAAUAUAUUUCAAACCAUCACAAGUCUUUUCUGGCAUGUUCAGUAACAUAGUUAAAUACUUGUUCAUCCAGCCUAAUUCAGUACUGCGUGUUUUUCGUGUCCUUCUUGUCUAAAACAAGAAACUCUGUAAGUGGUCCCUUUUUCGCUUCGGUUUCCUCAAAACCCAAAUUUUGGUUUUUGUACAUGAACUCACUGUCUUGCUGCAUUAUUGAUCAAAGCAGAAGGCUGUAAAAAAGUUGUUUUGUGCUGAGAAAAAUGCAAGAGCAAGGUAUAAGCAUGGCGGGAUCUGCUGGUGGAGGAUUAGGAGGGUUAAACAAUGUUACUAUGGCGGUUUCCGGCGAGCAGCACCACCAGCUCAAGGUGGAGAUCGCCACACAUCCGCUAUACGAACAGCUUCUUUCGGCACAUGUAGCCUGCCUCCGUGUGGCCACGCCCAUCGAUCAGCUGCCCCUUAUUGAUGCUCAGCUUUCACAGUCUCAUAAUCUCACGCGCUCUUAUGCUCAGCAGAAUACUAAUCCUUUAUCCCCACAUCAAAGGCAAGAGCUUGACAAUUUCUUGGUAGGUUUUCUUUCUUGGAAGUACGAAUCCCAUGUUUGGAUUUUCUUGGAUGAUUUUGAUUGGUUUGGUAGGCUGAGCAAUAAGAAAACCAAGUUGGGGGUUUUUUGUAAGUUAUUUUCCCACACAGGGGCAACACUUGGGGAAGGAUCUGGUGCUACUAUGUCUGAUGAUGAGGAUGAGCUGCAGAUGGAAUUCUCAUUGGAUCAAUCUGGAGUUGAUGCUAAUGAUCUGAUGGGAUUUGGUCCAUUGCUUCCAACGGAAUCAGAGAGGUCUCUAAUGGAGCGAGUGAGGCAGGAAUUAAAAGUAGAGCUUAAACAGGGAUUUAAGUCAAGAAUUGAAGAUGUGAGGGAAGAAAUAUUAAGAAAGAGAAGGGCAGGAAAAUUGCCAGGUGACACUACUACAGUGCUCAAGAAUUGGUGGCAGCAACACUCCAAGUGGCCGUAUCCAACUGAAGAUGACAAGGCAAAGCUUGUAGAGCAGACAGGAUUGCAGCUGAAGCAAAUAAACAAUUGGUUCAUAAACCAAAGGAAGAGAAACUGGCACAGCAAUUCACAAUCUGUGACAUCCUUAAAGUCCAAGCGCAAGAGAUAGACAAAGAAAUCCUAUGUUUUCAACACAUUCAUGGGACCCUGCACUGUGAAACUAAAGCAAUGGCAACUUACUACUUAGUUCAUUAGUAGUUUGAUCAAGUUAGGAAGUAAUAUAGAGAACAAUAUGUUUGUAGAUUGCUAACAGAUGGGAUUCUUCUGUUUUCUGUAUUGAAAUGGUAAGUUCGAACUGAAAUCAAUUUAGGAGGUAUCUAUAAUGAUUUCUCUUAUCAUGUUGA